UUAGUCCUGAGUGUAUGUUUACUGUGAUAUGGAAUAUGAAAAUUAUUUACUUCUAUGCCUUGAUUUUUAUCAAAAAUGCUGCAGCACUGGAUAUUGCAGCAGCAUUUGAAAGGGGACUCUUUGAGAAACUACAUAUAGAAGAAGAUAAUCUGAGGCCUAUUACCUUUGAUCCAUAUCGGAAACCAAGCCAAGCCUAUUUCUGGAACAAAGAAGGGUUUAAGCAUGAACAGAGCACAGUGGAACUUGAGUUCAAUAUUCAUAAUCUUCAUGAAAACUUCUUCUUUCCAGGUUUGUCUUUGAUAGUUCUGAAAACAACAUUUAAAAAGAGACAAGUUAAUGAUGAAGAUGAUAUCGAAAUAUACCUCAGUAAAAACAACGAGGAUGAUGAGGAAGUUGAGGAAAAAAGGCCUGAUGGAAAAAUAACGAAAUCACAUGAUUUCCCCAAAACAGGAUAUUCAAAUGAACAUAUAUUUCAAACAUGGCCCAAAGGCUAUGAAGAUUCAAACUAUACAAUUAAGAUAAAGAUAAAUAACUUGAAAUCCUUGGAGAAUAUAUAUUUUGUGGUGACUGCAUACAGAAUAAGUAAAAACUUGGACAAUACUAGAUCAUGUGAAGACAACAGUAGGGAAACUGAGUGGUUUGACUGUAACAGAAACAAUGUUGAGAAUAAUCAACUGUUGUGCAUCAGCGAUGAACUAACUUGUAACAGUCUGCCCCACUGUGCCAGCACCCAGCUACCCAACCCAGAUGAAAACUGUGGAUAUCAGUUCAGUUUUGAGAAUGCGCUAGAGUUGCUACUGUACACCCUGACAGUCGUCUUUUUCCUUAUAUUAGUGGCUGGAAUUGUCAAGUGUAUGAUUGUUUAUUUCUGUAGAAGCGGGUCUGUACAGUCGACUCAGAUGUUCCGUGAAUAUUUAAGAAACGGAAGUAUAUCCCGGCCUCUGAACAGUCCUCCAACCUAUGAUGAUGCUAUGAGGGAGGUAAAUGAUGCCUUCAGCUAUAAUGAAUCAAGUGAAGUAGAAGAUGAUCCACCUGAAUACACUCCUCAACCACAGAACGGCGAGACAGUGUGUAACACUUUUGUAUUUACAACCAAUGAUGAUUCUGAAGAUCCUCCUCCGGUCAACACAAGGCAGCAGAACGCAUGUGGUUGCUCUGCUGGAUUAGUAUCUUCCAAACCAUCAACAUCCAUCUCUUCUCCUGCUUCCUUUGGAUCAGAAUCAUUUACUCCUAACCUAGAGUCUAGAGAUGCUUUAUCCUACUAUACUCGGCAUCAUGAACUAGUAUUAGACCCCGCUACUAUGCCGGUCAAUCCUCCACCCUACUCAGAGAUAUAAAACCAGCUUGAUUGUGUGAUAAACCUGCGCGGAGCAUGUAUUGGCACUGCAGCACGUUGUACAGACAGGGUUUGUACACCCAGUGUUAUUGUAUCUUCCACGUUUUUAGCACAAAUGUAAAAUGUUAACUAUAUGUACAGUGUACAUAAAAAACGGUCAGUACACAGAGAAUGCAUCAUCCCCUUUUAGAGAACUUAUAUUGUUGUUAUAAACCUCAAUAAUGGUUUUUAAAACAAUAAUAUUUUUGUUUUAGUUAAAAUUUUUGCAUGAUUUCAAGCAUUUUUGAAGAAUGCUGAAACUAGGAUAAUAUCCUUAACUGUGCGUCCUUAACCUCGGUUUAUCAACGCGAUUGCAUCCAUCUAUUUUCAUUAAACAUAAUAUAUACAUUUUAUUUGGUUUACAGGUGUAAAUAAGUGCAUUUUGUCAGACAAAAAACUUAAAUUUAUUGAGAUAUCAGAUUUAAUUU